CAGAGAGCAGCGCUUGACAGAGAAAUCAGGAGCUAUGAAGUGGUUGGCAGAAAAUAUUAAGGUGCUUUACAUUGCCAGUGACUGUAUGGAGCCUUAUGUUGAGAUCAUCACAGUGAAAGAGUCCAAACGCUGCCAGAGUCUGUGCAGCUCAGAGGCCUCUGAGGCAGAAGAGCCAGAGUACCAGCUGGAAGUUGAUGAUGAUCUCCCUGUCCUCACUGACCAGAGUCAUCUGCUAGAUGACUAUCACCUAGAAAAACUUGCUGCUCACAUGCCAGCAAGGACCCAGGGUUAUCAAUGGCAGCUGGUCUACAGCACAGCCGUCCAUGGGAGCAGUCUGAAGACUCUGUACAGGAACAUGGCUGAGGUGGACAGCCCUGUGCUGCUGGUGGUCAAAGACAUGCACAAAAAGGUGUUUGGGGCUUUUUCUUCAGAUCCAUUCAGAGUCAGUAAAUACUGCUACGGUACCGGAGAAACCUUCUUGUUCAGCUUCAAUCCCGACUUCCAGGUAUACAAGUGGAGUGGGGUGAACUCGUACUUUGUGAGUGGAAACUGGGAUUCAUUGCAGCUCGGUGGAGGAGGGAGUGGCUUUGCCCUGUGGCUGGAUGCUGAUCUGUACCGUGGUUCCAGCUUUUCCAGUCCGACUUUUCACAAUGCACCUCUCUCCACAAAUGAGGACUUUAUUGUACAAGACCUGGAGGUCUGGACUGUGCAGAAUUGACUGUGAACAUCUAAAAAGCCGAGCUAAAAACAAAGCAGGACCUGUUGUUCUGUGUGGAGCUCCCACACUUCAAGGCGUGUGGGUCGUUUAGCCACUACUGUACGUAUCCUGGUGGAGCGUCUGCUGUCGUCUGUGCACCUGGUUCAGUUUUUUCUUGCACAGUAUGAAGCCUGCUGAUGGGGCAGCCACUCUAAUGGGAUUCAAGAUUCAAGAAAGAGUCUAUUUUUAUGUUAUUUUUACAUCAAUGCAUAUUUAUAAAAUGACAAUUUUAAAAGGAUUUUUUAAAGUUUACAUCUGUGUUUAAGUGUCAGUGUGUUUUCAUAUUAUAUUAACUAUUUAAUAGUAAAAUCACUGUAACACUGGUAGGACCAAAAACCGCUGAUCUGAACUGGUUUUAACAUGUUCCAUGUAAGUGAGGAUCAAAAUAGGAGCGCUGAAUAUAAUAUAAGGACAACGUUGGACUACAAAAGUUGAUUGUUUGCUGCUUGAGGAAGAAGACCUUAACUGAAAAAUAUAAGUUCUGCUUUAUGUAAGUGAAACACCAGCCUGCCUGUGUG